GUUGGGCGGUCAGCACGUGCGAAACGCGAGUCCGCACACCAACCGUUGAGCGACGAGGUGUUGAGGCGAACGGCAGACAGGGCGCCGUAGAGUGGCGCAAAGUGAAGAGUAGCAUCUUAAAGGCCAUCACACUGUGCACUGGAGACUCGACUCGGAGGAGUGGAAUAUUGGGAGGAGAAUAGAGUGAAGUGUGUGUAUUGUGUGUGUGUGUGAAUUGGUGUGAAACCGAAAUAUAAAAAAAACCCGCAAAACAGAACAUAGCCCACAGCCUCCAGCGCACACCGCACCAGAAUUGAAUUGGUUGCUGAGGUGUGUCGUGUCAGUCGCGCGCUGCCUUAUGUGCUGUUUGGUGUCCACCGUGUGUCCUUAAAAAGCACACCCCAACGACAGUUGCCGCAACAACACUAACAAUGAUCUGCAUUAGCAACAACAAGCGCAACAACAGGCCAUCGGCGAGAUCAAGCCCGUCAUGGCGGUUACUGGUAGGAAGUGGGAGCCUGCUGGUGGUACUAGCGCUCGUACAGCUAUCCCUUGGAGCUGACCUGAAAGAACGUGCCCGAUCGGCACUACUGCUCGAGAAACCGAGCGGUCCGGCGAGUUGUGUCGUGGAGAAACCGCAACCAUGUCCACCGAGCAAGUUCCGAUCGGCAUCGGGCGAAUGCAACAACUUUAACCAUCGUCACUGGGGUGCCCGUGGUGAUCCGUUCAUUCGCCUGCUGCAACCGGAUUACGCCGAUGGGCGUGUCAAACCCCGGACGUCACUCGGAUCGCACGCACUGCCCGCACCGGACACCGUGAUCGCACAGUUACAGCGAUCGAUCGAGGAGAAACAUUCGCAUCCCCACGUCACCGCCAUGCUGCCGGCCUGGGGACAACUGUUGGCGUACGAUUUGGUGCAGAUUCUGUCACCGAACUCACGGUACCGUUGCUGUCACAAUGCAUCGCACGAGCUGGAUCCGGUAAAGGAUGAGGUGGCCCAAUGUUACGUGCGCCUCGGUGAAGGUUGCCGCGAGUACAAACGAUCCAUUCCAUCGCACGAACCGACCAACUGUGAGUUCCACUAUCGCGAACAGAUGAAUGCGGCGUCCGGGUUUCUCGAUGGUUCCGGUCUGUACGGUACGACGGAGAAGGAAAUCCACGCGCUGCGUACGUUCCUCGGUGGUAAGGUCGAUACGGCCGCUUGCUUGAGAUGCCAGGAACCGGGAGCGAUCGGUGCCCUUCAUACGGUGCUACUCAAGGAGCACAACCGAGUGGCGGAACAGCUGGCACGCCUUAAUCCCGAGUGGAGCGAUACGACGCUGUUCUACGAGACGCGCCGUGUCGUGAUGGCGCAGAUACAGCACAUCACCUACAACGAGUUCCUACCGAUCGUACUCGGUAGCCAGAUUACGGAGAAUGCCGAUCUACGGCUGGAAUCCGGUCGCCAUUACAGUGGCUACUCGAGCGCGAAUCGGGCCGGUAUGUUCGCCGAGGUAGCGGUCGGUGCGUUGCCCGCCUUCCUUACGAUGCUACCACCGGACAUGUACAACGAGAGUAUGUCGGCGGACAUUCUGCUCGCUACGCCGGCCAUGCAGCAAACCUUCAUCCCGGAGCAUAUGAGCUUCAACAACGAGUGGACACCGAUUUCGUUGGCUAUCCAGCGUGGUCGCGAUCAUGGUGUGCCGGCGUACCACAAAGCGAUCAAUCUGUGCGAGACACGCUUUGGUGCGAAACCGUUCGGUGCUAAGCUGAGCUUCGACGAUAUGGAGUACUUUGGGUUGAGCCGCGCCAAGCGCACCGUCAUGGAGAGCAUGUACCAGGAACCGGAAGAUAUCGAUCUGUUGAUCGGUGGACUGAUGGAAACGCCUGCCCUCGGUACGGUGUUCGGUCCGACGCUAACCUGCCUGCUGGCGAUCCAGUUUGCGAAUAUGCGCAGCAGUGAUCGGUUCUGGUAUGAGAACGAUCUGCCACCGUCCUCGCUGUCACUGGAUCAACUGCAGGCCAUCCGACGUGUGACGCUGGCCGGGUUGCUCUGUGAAACGCGGGACGUUCAGCGGGCCCAACCACGCGCUUUCAUCCGCGAGGAUCCUUAUCUUAACGCACGGCUUAAUUGUGAGCAGUUGGCGGGAUUGGAUUUGACGGCCUGGCAAUCGGAACAGCCCGAUCUCGUUGAGGAGUACAUGCAGGAUGAACAACCGACACCGCCCGAGUUCGAGGAGCUUAAUAUGGAUGUGAUCGCGCAGGCCCUUAACAAGGCCAAGUCGAAGUUGAACGAACGCAAACAGCAGGAGUACCAGGCGUGGGUUAAACAGGGAGGAGUCGAUGCGAAGAGUCCGGAUGGUACGGCCGCUUCCUUCAGCAAGGCGAACCGGAAUGCACUGAUCAUCGCCAACACGUCGCUGUUCUACGAGCUCGCCACCAACGAGAUCGUCAGUUCGUUGCAUAGCCUUCGACGACGCAAACGCCAGGUGUUUGACAACAAUCUCGGUGGCUUCGCGUCCGACGAUUUCAGCAAUGCACUGCAGAGCGUCGAUGUGAACCAGUUCAUUACCGGAUCGAUCUCACCGAUCAAUCUGGAGCCACAGUGUGAAAAUCUGGAAGCAGCUUGCGAUACGACGACACCGUUCCGGACGCUAACGGCACACUGUAACAAUCUGCGUAAUCCCGAGCUCGGUCAAUCGUUGACGACGUUCGCCCGGCUAUUGCCGCCGGUGUACGAUGACGGUAUUUCUUCGCCCCGUACGAUCUCGGUGACGGGUCAGGCGCUGCCGAAUCCACGGUCCAUCUCGGCACUCAUCCAUCCGGACAUUUCCAAUCUGCACACGCGCUACUCGCUGAUGGUGAUGCAGUAUGCGCAGUUCCUCGAUCACGAUCUCACGAUGACACCGAUCCACAAGGGUUUCCAUGAGUCGAUUCCGAGCUGCCGAUCGUGCGAUUCACCUCGUACCGUCCAUCCGGAGUGUAAUCCGUUCCCGGUGCCACCGCGGGACCAUUACUACCCGGAGGUGAACGUGACAAGUGGGGAGCGUUUGUGUUUCCCCUUCAUGCGCUCACUGCCCGGUCAGCAGACGCUGGGACCACGCGAGCAGAUCAACCAGAAUACGGCAUUCCUCGAUGCGUCGCAGAUUUAUGGCGAGAAUGGAUGCGUCGCGAAGGUGUUGCGCGGGUUCUCCGGGCGGCUCAAUUCGACCAUUCAUCCGAUUCAGGGUAAGGAGCUGCUGCCACAAUCGCCGGUACAUCCGGAGUGUAAAUCACCGUCCGGAUACUGCUUCAUUGCCGGUGAUGGACGUGCCUCGGAGCAACCGGGCCUAACGGCCAUCCAUACCGUGUUUAUGCGCGAACAUAACCGUAUCGUCGAAGGACUGCGCGGUGUCAAUCCGCACUGGAGUGGUGAUCAGCUGUACGAGCAGGCGCGUCGGAUCGUGAUCGCGCAAAACCAGCAUAUCACCUACAACGAGUUCCUGCCGCGUAUUCUCAGCUGGAACGCGGUCAAUCUGUACGGACUGAAGCUGUUGCCUCAGGGGUACUACAAGGAGUACAAUCCGACCUGCAAUCCAUCGAUCGUGACCGAGUUCGCGGCGGCUGCGUUCCGUAUCGGUCACUCGCUGUUGCGGCCACACAUUCCACGGUUGAGCGUACAGCAUCAACCGAUCGAUCCACCGUUGUUGCUGCGUGAUGGAUUCUUCCGUACGGACAACUUCCUUCAGCCGGGGUUGGUGGAUGAGAUUUCGCGUGGACUCGUCGCUACGCCGAUGGAAACGCUCGAUCAGUUCAUUACGGGCGAGGUCACGAACCAUCUGUUCGAGGAUCGUCGCAUUCCGUUCUCGGGCUUCGAUCUCAUUGCCCUGAACGUACAGCGUGCCCGUGAUCAUGGUAUUCCUUCGUACAAUAACUACCGUGCGCUGUGUAACCUUAAGCGGGCUCAAACGUGGGAAGACCUGGGUCGGGAGAUCCCACCGGAAGUGAUCGCUCGGCUACGGCGUCUGUAUGCGCACGUCGACGAUAUCGAUCUGUUCCCGGGUGGUAUGUCGGAGCGGCCGCUUCAGGGUGGUCUCGUUGGACCGACCUUUGCCUGCAUCAUCGCCAUCCAGUUCCGGCAGCUACGCAAAUGUGAUCGCUUCUGGUACGAAAACGAGGAUCCGGUUGUCAAGUUCACCGAGGCACAGCUGGCUGAGAUCCGCAAGACUACGCUGGCGAAGAUAAUUUGUGAAAAUCUAGACGUCACCGGGGAUAUGCAGCGUGCUGCAUUCGAUCUACCAAGCAACUUCCUCAAUCCACGCGUACCGUGCAACUCGAUGGCACAAAUUGAUCUCAGCGCUUGGAGGGAGAAUGUGGUGCAGGGUUGUCAGAUUGGAGGCAAGAACGUGAACGUCGGUGAUUCGGCCUUCCCGUCGCCAUGCACCAGCUGUAUCUGUACGAACGAGGGGCCACAAUGCGCCUCGUUGCGUAUUACCGAUUGUUCGCAGUUGGCCCGCGAGUGGCCACGUGACGUGAUUCUGCGGGAUGAUGUGUGCAGUGCUCAGUGUGGGCUUGUGCUGCAGAACGGCAACGCACAGGCACGCAAUGUACCGAUCAGCUUGCGGCCACCUCCUCAGCGGAUCGCUCGAUCGCGCAUCGUCCAGCAGCAGCAGGCAUCACCGUUUAGCUUCCAGGGCUUCCAGUUCCCCGAUCUGUCGCAGUUCAUCGGCUAAAGCGGACUAGCGGGACGAGCCGGGUGAUAAAACUACCCUACUAACUGUACAUAUUGAGCGGCCAUAAAUGAUACGGUGUUUCUCCUAUCACGCCUCCCCCCACCCCUCACCCCUUCCCCACCCCGUCGUCGUCAUCGAUUAUUUUAUUCCUUCCCUUCCGAGGCGGCCUCUCCACCCCCGCAUAAACUGCCCCAUCUACUCGCAAGUGAUUGAGGAAUUCGAGGGCGAGUUUAUUAUCUUAUUAUCUAUUAUCCCUACGAUCACUUCCACUGUAUUCGCAUCCUUAAGUUAUGAUCCCUGUGCCGUUUCGGUAAUCGCUUCGAUUACGGUAAUCGGAAAGUGGAAGUGAGCCACGGUGGCCACACCAGAGCGAAGCGGGGUUGGGAGUUUUCUUCGUUGCAAGAGAGAAUCUCCUCCAUUACGGUUAGUCUGCCUAAAGGGGGGCACAUCGUAAUUGAUUUUAGUGUUUAAUAAAUUUAAUAAAUUUUCUGAACAAA